AUGAAGUCGUCGAAGAAGUUCCACACCAGCAACCCGGAACCGGCGCUGGCGAUCGACCGCUCCGUUCCUGACAUCCCUGCGGCCCAAUUGAGCGAUGAAGACCGCUACUUCAGAGCCCACAAGCCCCCGCAGUACUUGGACGAGAUCGCGGGGUUGGUACAAGAGUUUGUCGAUUUCCACGCCGAACUGGGCAAACCCGUCGUGCUUGUCACUUCGGGAGGGACUACGGUACCUUUGGAAAACAACACCGUUCGGUUUAUCGACAAUUUCAGUGCUGGGACUCGCGGGGCGACGUCGGCAGAAUACUUCUUGGAGGCCGGGUACGCGGUGGUGUUUUUGCACCGGGAAUUCAGUUUGUUACCUUAUUCCCGUCACUACAGCCACACCACUAAUUGCUUUUUGGACUACAUGACCGAGAUUGACGGCAAAAUUGAGAUCAACCCCGACUACGCCGCCGAUAUGCUCAAAGUACUCCGCAAAUACAACCAGGCCCGCGAGUCUCGCCUGCUCUUGUUAAUUCCCUACACUACCGUCAACCAGUACUUGUACACGCUUAAAGCAGUGGCAGAAAUCAUGCAAAAGUUGGAAGCUAAAGCGUUGUUCUACCUCGCGGCCGCGGUGCUGGACUUCUUCUUGCCGCUGCUGAGGAUGCCCCAACACAAAAUCCAGUCUCGUGACCAAGAAGGCGGUAAGUUAGUGGUGAAUUUAGAACAGGUGCCCAAGUUUUUGUCACGGCUUGUGGAGAAUUGGGCUCCCGGGGCCAUGAUCGUGUCGUUCAAAUUAGAAACCGACGAGCUGAUUUUGUUAUCUAAAGCUAAGCUGGCGUUAGACAAGUACCAGCACCAGUUGGUCAUCGGCAACUUAUUACAAACCCGUAAGCGGGAGGUGGUGUUUGUCACCCCCGACGGCGAAACUAAGUGGGUGAAAUUAUCCGCCGAGGACGCCGCCGCCGACAAGGAGAUCGAGGCCCUCAUCAUCCCCGAGGUGGUGCGCUACCACCAAGCGUGGGUGCGCCAACACUCAUCCUAA